AUGGCCAGACGCAGCAGUCUGGAGUCACUAGAGGAGCAACUGCGCUGCCCUGUGUGUCUGGAGGUCUUCUCUGAGCCACUCAUGCUGCAGUGUGGCCACUCAUACUGCCGUGGCUGUGUGCGCUCUAUGGGCAUGGAUCCUCUGGGGCAGCUCCAGUGUCCUGUGUGUCGCUGUGCAGUGGAUGGGGACAGCCCUCCACCUAAUGUGGCACUGGCUCGCAUUGUGGAUGCCCUACGGGAGAUCAGUGAACCGGGUCAAGGCCCUCCAGAGACAUGCAACCAACACCAUAACCCCCUGAGUCUGUACUGUGAAGAGGAUCAGACGCUGAUCUGUGGACUGUGUGGCAGCAUCGGAAGCCACAGAGCACACAAGAUCACGCCAAUCAGCAGCGUCUACAGCCGAAUGAAGGAGGACAUUUCCUGUCUGCUAACUAACUUUCAGAUACAGAAGAGGAAGCUAGAAGAGCAGAUUUGUAAAAUGGCCUACAACAAGUCUCGCAUUACAAAUGAGUCGGAUGUGCUGAAGUGGGUGGUGCGGAAGGAGUUUGGGGAGUUGCGACACUGUGUGGAACUCGAGGAGGCCAGUUUCAUGCAGAAGGUGGAGAACACUGCCUCCACUCUCAUCUCCUCCAUCCAGACCCAGGCUGAUCACAUGAGCCAACUGCUGGCUAAGUUCCAGGAGGCUGAAGGCACACUGGAAGCCCUGAGCAACGAGAGCCAUCUGGACUUUAUCACUAAAUAUGGAUCUAUUGCCCCAAGGUUUCGAGAGAGCCAGCAGAGAGAACAGAAGAAAGAGAGGACCUACAGCUCCAUCAGCUUUAACCCAGGCUUUAAUCACAGUGACAUCAAAAUGACUGUAUGGAAGAGAUUACACAGGAGAGUUUUACCAGCUCCUGAAUGCCUGAAAUUUGACCCUCUCUCAGCUCACCCGAUGCUGCAGCUCAGUGAGGAUCUCACCAGUGUGGAGUGCGGAGUCCUCGUCAACCGCCUGCCCAACAAUCCUGAGCGUUUCAGCUACAGCUACUGUGUGCUGGCCAACCGUGGCUUUUCCUCAGGCAAGCACUACUGGGAGGUCCAGGUGGGAGAGAAACCAAAAUGGAGACUGGGGUUAAUCAAAGGGACUGCUUGCCGUAAGAGUAAGCUUCCCAAGAGCCCUGAGGGUGGAGUGUGGCUGAUUGGGCUGAAGGAGGGCCGGCUGUAUGAGGCUUUCACUACUCCUCGUGUCAGUCUGCCCCUCAUGAAUCAGCCACAACGCUUGGGGGUUUUCCUGGACUAUGACAGAGGAGAGCUGACGUUUUAUAAUGCAGACAGUCCUGAUGAGCUCGGAUUUAUUUAUUCCUAUCAGGCUGAGCUGCAGGGGAAGGUCUACCCAUUGUUUGACGUGUGCUGGCAUGAGCGUGGUGCCAACAAGCUGCCGAUUACCCUGCCACAGCCACUCACUGAGGCCUAAGGAGAUUAG